AUGUACACAAUCUAUCCUGACUGGAUAUUACGUGUUUAUCAUGACUCUAUAAUCAAUUUAUCAGUUAUUUGUCCUGUUGAAUGUGCACAUUUUAACGUUGACUUUUGUGAUAUUAGCUUAUUGAACAUUGACUAUGUUCCACCAAAGAUCUGGCGAUUUCUUCCUGCAGGUGAUGAACUGGUAGACAUCAUGGGGAGUCGGGAUCUAGAUUCAGCAUUAACAAAACGUGAACUAGACGCUGUUCAUGAAUGGUUAAUGUCAAAUAAAUCGUUUCAUGCCAUGCGAGAUCAUCCUCUACACAGUGUGCCAAUGUUAGGCGGAAUGUGGGGUUUUCGUCCCUCGAUAAAUCGUUCAUUUUCAAAAGAAUUUUUAAAUAAAAUACGCAAUAAAGGACUAAUCAGGCGCUAUGAUAAGAGAGGUGAUCAAACAUUUUUAUCAGAUCAAAUCUGGCCCCAUAUACAUAAUGAUGUGAUUGCUCAUGAUAGUUUCUUAUGCCAGACAUGGUAUGGUAAGAAUUCUAGACCCUAUCCUACUCGUCGACAGCCGGUUAAUGAAACAAACUGUUUCAUUGGCGGUGUGAGAGGAUGCUGUGGAAGUAAUGGAGCGCCAUUUCAGGAGUGUCCUCAAGCUUGUCGACCAAAGGAGCAUUUAGAGUGGAUAUACUGCUAA